UGAUAACUUCUGAACAUUAGAAAGUAUCUGCAGUGUGACUGCAAACUUCUGUCUGUAACUGUGACACCGAGGCACUGGGAUUUCUUCUACUCAACAGGGAAUUUUCUAAGGAGGUACAGUAUGCAUGACUGUCGAAUAUCAUACAUCCACAACGACUGUGUUGCUUCUUUUUUUCCUUCUGAUAGUCCUAGUUGCAUUGCUCAUCAUCUUUUACAAGAAGUUGAACAAGGAGAACAAUGGAGAAUAUACCAUCAGUCGCAUUGUGUCUAAGGAAGGAGGGCUCAGGGACCAGGUGAGAGGUGCAGCUACGUUCCUGGGGACACGCCUCGGGGUCCAGCGGCGUCCUAGCUACGAAUCAGAACAAGAUGAAGAAGAAAUGCAAGAUGAGGAGCAACACAUGGGGGAGCACAGUAGCCAGGGGAGUGACAGUGAAGAGGACGAGCAAGAGGAGGAAGAUGAUGAGGAGCAACCUGGUGAGACGAAGCGAAAAGGAGGUUGCACCUCAGAUGACAACUCAAGUUAUAUUGGUUCAGAUCUGGAGGAGGAAAUCAGUCUAAUGGGUCAGUCAGAGGCCAAGGGAGAGACAGGGGAGGAAAAGGGAGGAGAUGGAGAUGGUAAAGGGGAAGCAAGCGCAGGAGGUGGGUUGCUGAUAAACCUUAGUCAGUUGUCUGGAAGUGCCAUCUGGUCUGAUGACAAGGGAGACGGAGCCAAGGUCUGUGAUGUGACUGCACUGUGAGAACAGUAUCAGAAAAAAUUGAAAUACAAGGGAGGCUUAGGAAAUGCUCUUAAUCAGGAUUUAAGAAAUACUGGGGUCAUUAAAUUCAGGCCUCUCAGUUCUGCUUUUGUGUCCCUACAAAAGGUCUAAAUGAUCUUUUAAAGCCCCCAGUCAGGCAUAAGAAGCUGGUAAAAAAAAUAAUGAAUGCUUAGUUUUUAUCUAUUUUUCUUGCAAGUCAGUUUGAAAGAUCUGGCAUGUUUCACAAUAUAGAAAAAUACUCCGUCUUGAAUAAUAUUUCAUAUCCAAUAGGGUUUCCCCACAAAAAAAGUUCUAUUACCUAAUUUAAAUAUUUAGAAUGAAAUAUUUUCCUUCUUCCUCAUUGAAAAAUCAACACAUCUAUAAACAUGCAAAUUAAUUUCAAAGGUUUUACUACUGGAUGUCUUCUACUCCACUGUGAGCAGUGUAACGAGCACUGAAGACCUCAUGUUUCCAUAUGACUUUUUUGUGAGUUACAUAUUGAACCUCAACUGGCUUCAAACCAGUUAUGAUGUCACACAUGGUAUUCGUAGUUACGCGCCUUUAAUUGACAUUUAAGGGGAGCACAGAGAAACUUUCCACUUUCAGCAGAUGAAUGUGAAAACGUCUUCUAGUAUUUGAGUAAAUGUAUAGAUACUUUUUCUGUACAGUCAAGCUCAAAGAUCCAUAUGAAGCAAUAAUAAGAAAAAUAUGUGUGUAUGUUUUUAGUUGUAAUGUUAUUAAAACCAGUCAAAGGAUGGUAACUAGUACUGUCAUGGUCUUAAGUCACUCUCUGCUGUGGCAUCAAGAUAAUAUGGUGACGUAUGAAUGAUGCUGUUAUAAAUAUGCAGACAGAGCAUACUGUAUUUUGAAUGUUUCUGUAAAGAGUUUAGCUUUAAUAAUGUUAAAAUGCUCAGUUAUGAAAUCAAACUUUGUAUGUGUUGUUUUCUGUAUAUUGUUGGCUGUGUUUUGUAUUGCUUAUCUUUAAAAAAAAAUAUUACAUUAAAAUUAAAAUUAAAAUUACUUUACAAUUGUUUUGUAUCGUAUCUUCUGUACUUCUGAGUCAGAGAGAAGGUCGGAGUCAAAGUUUCCAUCUUUGACUUUGAAACAACAGCCCUUUUGAAACGAUUGCAUCAAUGAACUACAAACCUUAAGCUCUGCAGCAUAAUGAAAACUAAAUUUAAAACCGUACAGUAGGCAUAUGAUUGUGUAUGUAGCUGCCUUACUUCCCUGUUUUUUCAUGAGCAGUUUUGCUGACAGGGCCAGCGCCCUUUUUUUUAAUUUUAUUUUUUUUAAAUGUCGUUCUUUUCUUCCAUUUUGGUACUUUAAAACUGUAACUACAAAAAUAAUCAAU